CGUUAACCGUCGUGAGAUAAAUCAUUCCAGUCCGGUCGACCUUUCAUUUGGUGGAAAUCAUCUUCUCUGUUUCCAUCUCUCUCUCUCUCUCUCACCACGCAUUCGAAGAGAACAAAGGUUACUGAGACUGAGAGCCAAAAUCAUCCAUCUUCACCUUCUCUCAUCAUGAUAGAUCGUUAUUGGAUUGGUUUCUUUGUGGUCCUUUCACAUCUUGUGGGAGUAUUGGAUGCCAGUGCUGGUGAUGCUGAUCCACUUUAUAGGGCUUGUGUAGAACAAUGUGAGAGGACUGGAUGUGCCAAGGAAAAAUGCUUUCCCCACUGCAAAUUCUCUUCUCAUGCUACCUCUGCUGAUCAUGCUUGGUAUAUACAAGAACCUCUUUACAUGAGGUGGAAACAAUGGGAUUGCCAAAGUGAUUGCCGUUACUAUUGUAUGCUGGACAGAGAGAGAGAAAGGGCAGCUCUUGGUCAUGGGCCAGUUAAAUAUCAUGGUAAAUGGCCCUUCAUGCGUGUAUAUGGGAUUCAGGAGCCUGUUUCUGUUGCACUGUCAGCAUUCAACCUUGGCAUUCAUUUCCAUGGUUGGCUAUCCUUUUUCAUCCUUCUGUAUUACAGACUACCUCUAAAAUCAGAUAAGAAGCCAUACUAUGAUUAUACCAGCUUGUGGCAUAUCUAUGGCCUGUUUGCAAUGAACUCGUGGUUCUGGAGUGCUGUUUUUCAUACUCGAGAUGUAGAUGUGACAGAAAAGCUGGACUAUUCGUCUGCUGUGGCUUUACUUGGCUACUCACUCAUAUUGGCUAUUAUAAGAAGUUUCAGCGUAAGGGAUGAGGCUGCCAGAGUCAUGGUUGCUGCUCCACUGGUUGCUUUUACAACCACGCAUAUAUUGUACCUCAACAACUAUAAACUGGACUACGGGUGGAACAUGAAAGUGUGUGUGGUGAUGGCUGUUGCCCAGCUCCUCAUUUGGGCGAUCUGGGCUGGUGUUACUCGCCAUCCUUCUAGAUGGAAGUUGUGGGUCGUGGUCGUGGGAGGCGGCUUUGCUAUGCUCCUAGAGAUAUACGAUUUUCCCCCAUACAAAGGUUUCGUGGAUGCUCACGCUCUUUGGCAUGCCACUACCAUCCCCCUCACCUACCUCUGGUGGAGCUUCAUCAAAGACGAUGCUGAGUUCCGAACAUCUAGCCUUCUCAAGAAGGCAAAGUAGCAAAUUUUAGGAAUUUGAUGUUUAAACUUGUGCUUGUAAUGUUCGGGAACACUCAGCACAAGGACAAAACUAGGAGUUAUAUUCUUUUCUUCCCUAGCCCUCUUCCUAUGUUUAUGUUAUACUGUGAAAUGAAAUGAAUGAGGACGCUUCAUUUUAGUGAGAAA